CGGAAACGAGAGCAAUUUCCUGGAAACAAACGUCAAACAAUCAGAGUUAAUUAUUGGUUAUCAGGUUAUCGAUAAUCAUCUGUCACCCUCUUGGCAUCACUCAUCACUUUGACUCCGACAACAGUCCGGGAACGGCAAUCUAUUAAAUCAGCUUGAGUAAACACCAUUAGCUUCCGCUGUUAGCUUGAGUUGUCGUUAGCGUAACUCAUCCCGGCCCACUAGAGUUUUCUCGGUUGGACCCGGAUCCAACUGAAACGGAUCAGAACCGUGUCCACCAUGGGAGCCCAUCGCAGUGAGGGAGGACGGGACUGGCUGGAGCAGGACGUACAGGAACAGCCUGAGCAGAACCCGAAGCCAUGGAACGUGAUGAUCAAACACAGACAGAUUCACAGAAGAGGACGACGCUCACACAUGACAGUCAGCUACACAGAUCCCCAGGUGUCCAUGGACCUGUUGAGGGCAGUGCUUCAGCCCAGCUUCAACGAUGACAUCAUGGCUGUGUUCAAGAAGUACCAGAAGUUCUUUGAGAAGGCAGCGGAGAAUGUGAAGGAGAACGUGGGAGAAGACAUUCAGACCGAUCAGCUGAUCAAAGAGGCCUGCAGGAAUGUUCUGGAAAAUGCCAAACAGCUGUUUCCAGAGGGGGAGGUUAAGAGGGCGGGGCCAGAUGUCACCAUCAAGAGGUCCAGACCUGGUGAUGACGACUGCAAUCAGAGAGGAAGCCCCCUCCUCAAGAAGAGAAAAACUCGUCCCAGCGCGGCGCCCGCCUCCUCUGAUCGACCUCUGACCUUCUCCUCUCAAGUGAAGCCGAAGUCCGAUCCCAUCAAGAGAGAAGGACCGAAGUGGGAUCCGUCCAGACUGAACGACAGCAGCACAUUUGUUCUCGGUUCCAGAGCAAACAAGGCGCUGGGGAUGGGUGGGACCAGAGGACGAAUCUACAUCAAACACGCGGACUUGUUCAAGUAUGCUGCAGAUGCGAAGGACAAGCAGUGGUUGGCAGAGCGACACCACAUGAGAGCAACAGGAGGGAAGAUGGCCUACCUGCUGAUUGAGGAGGACAUCCAGGAUCUUUCCCGCAGUGACGAGUACAAGGACUGUCCAGACGUCAAGAUGGAUGAGAUGAAGCCGUUCACUGUUCCUCUGUGGAUGGUGGAGAAGAUGCAGAAAGCCAUGGAGGCUCAGAGAGAUUCUGAUCUCUGACCCCCAACAUUCAAUGAACACAUGACCUCUGACCCCCACCACCACACACACACACACACACACACCUGCUGUCCAUAGUAAAAAACAGCCAGGUACUGGAUAAACAAUCAGCCAGUCAGAAAGGAGAAAAUGCUCGUGUGACCACCUGACUCUGAACUGAUUGACUCCUCCCAUAGUUUUUAUUUACUGUUUUUAAAAAAUGAAAUUAAAACUGUCUCUGACAAGA